CCAGCCUAGCCCAAGGCUUGGCCUAUUACCCAACCCAACCUAUGACACGACACGACUGGGCUCGGGCCCACUUGGGCUUGUGCCAUGGGAGGUUGACCUUUGAAAUAUCCUAGAGGCAAACACGACUCGCCAAAGAACGGGUGACCCGCAAAGUCAUGUUGUGUCAGUCCAACACGACGAAGUUGGAAUUUAGAGAGAGGGAGAUGGAGGAAAAAUCGAAGGAACGAGAGAAUCACAGAGAGGUAAGAUGGGAUUUGGACGGACCAUUAGACAUGGAUUAUGUCUACUCCAAUCCGGAAAUACUCAUUGGACAUUUGAUUCUGGACCGACACAUAUCAUAUGUUUUGUUGGACCGUCCAAUCCAUCCAAAUGAGAUUUAAAUUAGAUGGGGUCCAAUCUGAUCUUGUUUCGUUGACUUCAGAAGUAUUGGCUUCAUACCUUUCAUUGGAACAUCAUUUCUAUCAAGACUAAGCUUUCUUGGUUAAUAAAAUCCAUAUACAAGAAGCCAAAACUUACAAAAGUAGAACCAAAUGGAAAUUUUCACCAUAGGCAGUCCUUCCAGCUCAGUAUGCACAUUGUAUUUACUUAUCUUUCAUCCAGGCACCAUUCAUCUUAACAAAGGAGUGUGAUGGUGAGAUUCUCACAAAUCCCAACAACUUAGUGUAAGCCGACAGAGGGAUGAUCUAACUCUGAAAGUCUAGAGGAGAGUGGUGGUGAGAGAGGCCGAUGGGGGAGAGAGAGAGAGAGAGAGAGAGAUAAUUUGAAUCUCCUUUACCCCUUAAAUGGGUCUAAUGGUUAUCAUAUUAUUGGGUCCCCAUAUGGGUAUGGGGACCUAUUUAUAGUGUUUUUAACCUCCAUCUUCUAGAAUCUUCUUAUAUUUCCUUUUUUUCCAUUUUACCCUUAAUUAAUGUACAUGCACUUAAUUGCUAUUCUGGAAUGUUCUUAAAUGCUAUUAUUCUAGAAGAUUCUAGCUCUUGAAAGGUUUGUAAAUAAUUAGUGGAUAAUCGGUCUGAUUCGGUCUGGUCCAACCUGGAUUUAUGUUGGGUUAUCUGGGCUAGUGUACUUAUACAAAUCCACUGUCUUACACCUAGUGAGGCAGAGGAAGAAGAAUCGAUGAAAGAAAGAUGAAUAGGGAAGGGUACAUUCAUGGCAACAUCAAUAGAAAGUCUGUUCAAUGUUUUGCCCGAAAGAAAACAGCUAUCACCAUUACCUACUGCAAACACAGGAGGGGUCUGAUCAAGGUUAACAAUUGUCCAAUCAAGUUUGUGGAGACGGAGAUCCUUCGUUAUAAAGCUUUUGAACCCAUUCUUCUACUCGGUAGGCACCGAUUCGCCGAUGUCAAUAUGCGAACCAGAAUGAGGGGUGGUGGUCACACUUCACAAAUAUAUGCAAUUUGAUAGAGAAUCAAAGGCAUUCACAUUCUGGUGAGGUACAACUGAACACUACUUAUUGCGGACCCUCGGUGAUGCAAGCCCAAGAAGUUCAAUGGACAAGGUAUUCAUGCUAGGUUCCAAAAAUCUUAUGAUUCUUACCACUGAGGAAUGACGGUUGUUGUUGAGGAGACUUUGAGAGACUUCACUUUCUAGAGUCAAACCAUUGACUCACUCCUUUUGGUUUGUAUUGGUUAGGAUUUCUAUAAAGGGUGAUAUAGUGACAAAAUGCUAUGAAAUUUGAUUUUGAAAAUUUUGAACUGGAAUGGCAUAGUAUUCGGAAUAUGCAAUGCUGGAUUG